UUCAUGAACGAGCCCAUUGCAUCUCGCUCCCACCUCGCCAUCUGCUACAAUGCCGACUCCGACAGGUACCAGCUCAUGGACACUGGCUCCAAGUGGGGCACGUUUUUGCAGGUCCAACCGGAGGGCGAGCUUUUGAAGUGUGGGGAUUGGAUACGCAUUGGAAGCGCCGAGCUGGUCGUUCGAUUCUGUGGUGGUCACUGCAAUGCCCACAGGUGGCAUGCCCAGAGAGGACAGCGCAUGUCUGCUAUGGCUCGAUCCAUGAGCUCCUCUUCUCUGAAAGGCAGGGCAAGACAACCGUAG